CGUCCAUUUAGGCCCGCUGAUCGACCGAAAACCCCUCCACCACCACCGCCUCUGCCAGUACUCGAGAAUUUCUCGGCAGCGCAAACGAAUGUAUCGCUUCCUCCAGUGAAACCCAUCUCCGCUUCAUCCAAGCCUCCCGGAAGUGGUAGUGGAGCAACCCCUUCACCUCCUCCUCCACCACCACCUCCUCCUCCUCCUCCCCCGCCACCACCACCAACAGCUUCCGCUGGAGCAUGUGCACCAAAAUCAGUGUCAUUCAAAACACCAACGCACGAGACUGAGUCGGAAUUAAAAGAUUCAGUGAAAUCACUGACGGCUGGCCCACCAACAAUUAGUGCUGAAGUACUGUCGUCGGUAAAGUUGAAGCCAACUACGCGUCGUGGAGUAUCAAUCGGUUUCGGAACGGUACCAGCAGGAUUUGAUUCCGAUUUACGAAAUGCUUUGGCCAAACGAAAAAAUAAGGCAAGUAAUAUUUACUGUACUCUGUGA